CAUGCAUUAUACAAUAUAAAACCAUUAAACAAAUAAACUUGAAAAUCAAAACGCUCCAGGAAGUAUGACAACAUUCCAAAGCAAUGCUGCAAAAGAAUUAAAAAGUUAGUUAGACGCCAUGACAGGUCACGUGAUGUAAAUUUUCGUCGGACAUGCGCGAUAUCGCUGAAUUUUUCAAGUGAUUUUGAAAUGGUGAGAUAUUUGUCUUGUGAAAAUACUAUUUAAAAUUAGUAACAAAGAUCCUAUUUAGCUAUUUUUAGUGUUAAAUUACUUGUGAACCGCGAACUGUGCUUGUGAUGAGUUGAUUAGUGUUGAUCAAGGAAGUUUUUGUUUCCAAAGGUCGUACCUAUACAUGGUAAUGAUACCUUUUUAUGAUAUUUUUGCGUCGAAAUAGUGUCCCAGUGCUUUGUUUAACUAGCGAUCGAGUUACUUCAGGUUACAAAUAAUCAGUGCAAAAGUGUUUAGUGCCUAAGCCCAGUCUGUGAUUAAAACAGUGUCGUGUUUGUAACUGAAUGUGUAAUAUUAGACUGUAAUAGUGGACUCAGUGCUUGGUGAGAUGCUGGUCAGUAGAACUAUCGAGUGCGGUAACAGGGCUGACUUUGUUAAGUGAAAACCGCUGGAACAAGGGAAAAGAUGGCGCACUAUCCUCAACCAGCAAAUUUGGAGGCGGCUCUGCCGCUCCUCAAUAGGCCGGACCUUCGUCUCCGCCAGCAGCUCGGAGACCAGCUCACGGCUCUGGUGCGCAAGGAGCCGGAGAUCUCACACGACCUGGCUGCACAACUCCUGGACUCCAUGGUAGCGUGGCUCAAUGGUGGUAACUUUAAGGUGGCACAGAAUGCCCUAGAAGUGUUGACGGCGUUAGCGGAGCGCAUGGGACCGGAGUUUUCUCACUUCGUUCCCACAGUUUUACCGCAUAUUAUUGACAGACUAGCAGACACAAAGGAAGCGGUGCGACACACGGCUCGAACCUGUGUCUCGGCACUGGGCACCUCGCGGGCGGCCAACGCACGCGGUCUCCUCGCCCGGCUCACGCCCGCCCUAUCACACAAGGCGCCCCACGCCAGGGAAGAAACGUUGCGGUGUAUACAGACGUUGCUUGAAAACCACGGCGCUACUGAGUUACAGUUACGCGCGGCGGUGCCGAACCUCGCGGCGCUGGUGGGGGACCCCAGCGCGGCCGUCAGGGACGCCGCCAUGCAAUUGCUCGUCGACGUCUAUCGACAUGUUGGUGAGAGAUUAAGACAAGACUUGAAGAAGAAAGAGUUGCUGCCCGCACAGAAGUUCGCGCUGCUGGAACAGAAGUUUGACGAGGCUAGAGAAGCUGGACUUCUACUGCCAACCGCGACAGCGGGAGCGGACGAACCAGACUUCAUAUCCCGGACGGUAAAAAGGACAAUGACCAUACCUACGUCGGCGCGGUCCCGCGACGGUGACAGCUCCGGAGCCUCCACGCCAGCUUGCGAGGCACCGAAGCGUACGGUUCCCGGCCUGUACAGUCUACCUUCGGCAAGUAGGAAGCCCCCGCCUGCCAAGGUGACCAGCACUGCGAGUGUAUCGAGCUCGGCCCACAGCGCCGGGCUGAGCGAGUCUGGCGCGGGCGCGGUGUCGUCGGAGGCGUUCGAGGCGGCGUUCCUGUCGUCGGCGCCGGCCGCCGUGUACGGGCCGCGCGGGCUCGACGACCUCUGUCGCCACGCCGCCGCCCUGCUCGGGGACCGCGCCGCCGACUGGGAGAAACGUGUCGAUGCUCUAAAGAAGAUUCGUUCGCUGCUAACGGCUAACGCGCAUCAGCAGUACCCGACAGAGUUCGCGGCGCAUCUCAAGGACCUUUCCGUACCGUUCCUAGUCGUCAUCAAGGAUCUGAGGAGUCAGGUGGUCCGCGAGGCGUGCAUAACGAUAGCCCACAUGGCCAAAGUGCUACGCAACAAGAUCGACCAGUUCAGUCUCUACAUACUUCAAGAACUAAUUAACCUCAUACAGAACGCUGCCAAGGUUGUAUCGUCAGCGGGGACAGUAUGCGUGCGGUACAUAGUAACGUAUGUGCAUUCGCCCCGACUGCUUCCAGUCAUCGUUACAAACCUUACCACCAACAAGUCCAAGGAGAUACGGUCCACGCUCAGUGAGGUCCUAGUACUGAUGCUGGAGAAAUGGCCAGCGUCGACUAUAGAGAAGCAGCAGGCGGCAGUUCGGGACGCUAUACGCAGGGCCUGCGUCGACGCCGACAGUACGUGCAGGACUUAUGGACGGAGAGCAUACGCGGCGUACAAGCGCCACUUCCCCGAGGACGCGGAGCAGUUGUUCGCCCGACUGGACUCGGCCGCGCAGAAACAGAUCGAGCGGGAACGGAACAUUGGCAGUCUCGACAGUCUACAUCAUGUCGGCACUGAAAGAAGAGUUAUAACAAGUCCCAGAAGUCCAUCGGCCAGUGUAUCAGCGGAGCGUGCGGUAGGCCCCGCGGCGCGCUCGGUGUCAGCGCUGGACGCCGCCGCCGCCCAGCGGGCGCGCGCCCGGGCACUCUACUCCUCCAUGGGGAGGCACAAGGUCCCCCCCACCGCCAGCCUGCGUGAGUACUCGUACAUCUACCCCCUCUACUCCUCCAUGGGGAGGCACAAGGUCCCCCCCACCGCCAGCCUGCGUGAGUACUCGUACAUCUACCCCCUCUACUCCUCCAUGGGGAGGCACAAGGUGUCCCCCACCGCCAGCCUGCGUGAGUACUCGUACAUCUACCCCCUCUACUCCUCCAUGGGGAGGCACAAGGUGUCCCCCACCGCCAGCCUGCGUGAGUACUCGUACAUCUACCCCCUCUACUCCUCCAUGGGGAGGCACAAGGUGUCCCCCACCGCCAGCCUGCGUGAGUACUCGUACAUCUACCCCCUCUACUCCUCCAUGGGGAGGCACAAGGUGUCCCCCACCGCCAGCCUGCGUGAGUACUCGUACAUCUACCCCCUCUACUCCUCCAUGGGGAGGCACAAGGUGUCCCCCACCGCCAGCCUGCGUGAGUACUCGUACAUCUACCCCCUCUACUCCUCCAUGGGGAGGCACAAGGUGUCCCCCACCGCCAGCCUGCGUGAGUACUCGUACAUCUACCCCCUCUACUCCUCCAUGGGGAGGCACAAGGUGUCCCCCACCGCCAGCCUGCGUAAGUACUCGUACAUCUACCCCCCUACUCCUCCAUGGGGAGGCACAAGGUCCCCCCCACCGCCAGCCUGCGUGAGUACUCGUACAUCUACCCCCUCUACUCCUCCAUGGGGAGGCACAAGGUGUCCCCCACCGCCAGCCUGCGUAAGUACUCGUACAUCUACCCCCCUACUCCUCCAUGGGGAGGCACAAGGUCCCCCCCACCGCCAGCCUGCGUGA